ACAUGUAAUGUAGUUACAGUUUCACGGUAUAUCAUCCAGGUAUCUUCUUAGUUUGUUGGCUCUGGAAACUUCCUGAAAAUCUGCAAUUACUUCAUUUGGAUUAUUGGGGUUUCCUCCAGUCCCAAAGUAAGCUGUAGUCAAGAUGUCUGGGGAGCGGAGAAACUCCAAACCUCGCGUGAAGUUCACUGUUGGUAUGGAAAGUGUGGACGAGGAUAGCGAAUCACAGUUCACAACAGAACAGUCAGUAGAUGUUUCACCCUCAACUGAUCAGAAGGAUGUACCCUCCCCAGGGGUAUCUAAAUCUCCUAGUACAGAACCAGCGGCUCCCAUUGUCAGCCCAAGACUUAAGCCAGGCACCAGUGAGAAAGAGUUUUGGCGAUCCAGACCCCCAAAGGUCAAAGACAGACAUUCCAUGUCUGGGGCAGAUAACCUUGACACGAGGGGGCGCCGGUCCAUCUCCUACCCCAAGGACUUCAGCGUAGCGACCCCAGAGGAAUUCGUGAAGAGAUUUGGAGGCAACAGGGUUAUAAACAAGGUUCUCAUUGCCAAUAAUGGAAUUGCUGCGGUCAAGUGCAUGCGUUCUGUCAGGCGUUGGGCUUAUGAGAUGUUCCGUAAUGAAAAGGCUAUCAGAUUUGUUGCUAUGGUAACGCCUGAAGACUUGAAAGCAAAUGCAGAGUACAUCAGGAUGGCUGACCAGUAUGUACCAGUUCCAGGCGGUACUAACAACAAUAACUACGCUAAUGUAGAUGUCAUCAUUGACAUUGCCAAACGGACAAAAUCACAGGCUGUGUGGGCAGGUUGGGGCCAUGCCUCAGAGAAUCCCAAACUCCCGGAGCUGCUCCACAAAUGUGGAAUCACAUUUAUCGGUCCCCCAGAGCAUGCCAUGUGGGCUCUCGGAGACAAGAUUGCUUCGUCUAUAGUGGCACAGACAGCCGGCGUACCCACCCUACCAUGGAGUGGCAAAAAUUUGACCGUUAACUGGUCACAAGCUGACCAGGACCAGAAUAAAGUGAUUUCGGUGCCACAAGACGUCUACCAGAAGGGUUGUGUGGAGGAUGUGGACGCUGGACUGGAGGCAGCUGAGGCUAUUGGCUUCCCGGUCAUGAUCAAGGCUUCAGAGGGAGGUGGCGGUAAAGGCAUACGGAGGGCAGACACUGCUGCUAGCUUCCCCAAUCUCUUUAGACAGGUCCAGACUGAAGUUCCUGGCUCACCUGUAUUCAUCAUGAAACUGGCCAUGCAUGCUCGUCAUUUGGAGGUCCAGAUUCUGGCCGAUAGCUACGGUAAUGCCAUCUCCUUAUUUGGACGUGACUGCUCCAUUCAGAGACGGCACCAAAAGAUUAUAGAGGAGGCUCCUGCAGCUAUCGCGAAACCAGAAGUGUUUGAACAAAUGGAGAAGGCUGCCGUCAAACUGGCUAAGAUGGUGGGCUAUGUAAGUGCGGGGACAGUCGAGUAUCUAUACAAUGCUGAGGAGGAGUCAUUUCACUUCCUGGAACUCAACCCUCGACUGCAGGUGGAACAUCCGUGUACAGAGAUGGUGGCCGACAUCAACCUACCUGCAGCCCAGCUUCAGGUGGCCAUGGGUAUCCCCCUGUACCGUCUGAAGGACGUCCGACAACUAUACAACAAGGAGCCCUGGGGAGAUAGCGAGAUUGACUUUGACAAUCCCUCUGUACGACCUUGUCCUAAAGGUCAUGUACUUGCUGCUAGGAUCACUAGUGAAAAUCCUGAUGAGGGAUUUAAGCCAAGCUCUGGAACUGUUCAGGAAUUAAACUUCCGCAGUAGUAAGGAUGUGUGGGGUUACUUCAGUGUAGCUGCCUCUGGGGGACUACAUGAGUUUGCCGACUCCCAGUUCGGCCAUUGUUUCUCCUGGGGAGAGGACCGAGAGGAUGCCAGAGAGAACCUGGUACUUGCCCUGAAGGAGCUGUCGAUCCGUGGUGAUUUCCGAACCACUGUAGAAUAUCUAAUAAAAGUUCUGGAGACUGAAGAGUACCAGAACAAUGUCAUCACCACCGGCUGGCUCGAUAAAAUGAUCGCUGAGAAGGUACAGGCUGAGAAACCCGACACCAUGCUCGGUGUCAUCUGUGGGGCGUUACAUAUCGGGGACAAAACCAUACUUAAAUGCUUCCAUGACUUCCAAACUUCUCUGGAAAGAGGUCAGGUUUUACCUGCUUACUCACUCAACAACAAGGUCAACGUGGAGUUUAUAUACGAAGGAAUCAAGUACCACGUACAGGUCGUGAAAACUGGUCCCACCAAUUACUUUAUUUGUAUGAACGAUUCCUGUCUGGACUUGGAGGCCCAUAGGCUGAGUGACGGAGGUCUGUUGCUGUCCAUCGACGGCUCCAGUUACACCACUUACAUGAAGGACGAUAUCAGUAGCUACAGGAUCACCAUUGGCAAUAAAACAUGUGUACUGGAGCGUGAAAACGACCCCACCAUUCUCAGGUCACCCUCCGCAGGGAAACUUAUGAGCUAUCUCAUAGAAGAUGGGGGCCAUGUUUUUGCUGGAGAUUUUUAUGCAGAAAUUGAGGUGAUGAAGAUGAUCAUAGAGUUGAGGGUGUCAGAAAAUGGAUGUAUCCACUAUGUGAAGCGACCUGGAGCCGUAUUGGAUGCAGGGACCAUCGUGGCUAGACUUGACCUUGAUGACCCCAGUAAGGUCCAACAAGCCAAGCUAUACACCGGGACCCUCCCAGACACCCACCAUCCAUCCCAUACCCACGGUGAACGCAUCCACCAAGUUUUUCAGAGCACACGCAACGAACUGGAGAGCAUUCUCUCAGGUUACACCCUUCCAGAACCGUACAGCAAGAAGCGAAUGCUCAAAUCUGUGGAGACACUGAUGAAAUGUCUCAAAGAUCCAAUGCUACCUCUUCUAGAACUUAUGGAUUUACUCUCAAUGAUCUCAGGAAGAAUUCCGUCAUCUGUUGUGAAGUCAAUCAAGAAACUACUGAGUUCUUAUUCCAGUAACAUCACAUCAGUUCUGUGUCAGUUCCCUAGUCAACAGAUUGCCAAUUGUAUAGAUGGACAUGCUGCCUCACUGACCCGACGCACUGACAGAGAAAACUUUUUUAUGACAACUCAGGGAAUUGUCGAGUUAGUUCAAAGAUAUCGUAAUGGUAUCCGAGGCCAUAUGAAGGCAGUUGUUAAGGACCUACUGAAACAGUAUUUACAUGUAGAACUACAGUUUCAACACGGACACUAUGACAAGUGUGUGAUGAAGCUGACAGAGAACAAAAAGGACAAUAUGUCUCAAGUGGUGGGGAGUAUCUUCUCUCACAUCGCCAUCAGCAACAAAAACAGUCUGGUCAUCAUGUUGAUCGAUCGUCUGUGUGGUAAAGAGCCUGGACUGACCGAGGAACUGACCAACAUCCUCACAGAAUUGACCACUCUGAAUCAGACUAACAAUGCCAAGGUGGCUCUCAGGGCACGGCAGGUGCUGAUAGCAGCCCACCAGCCUCCGUAUGAACUGAGACACAAUCAAAUGGAGUCCAUCUUCUUGUCUGCCAUUGACAUGUAUGGCUCAGAAUUCUGUCCAGAAAAUCUCCAGAAACUGAUCUACUCUGAGACAGCCAUCAACGAUAUCCUACAGGAGUUCUUCUGGCACUGUAAUACACUUGUACAAAUGGCAGCACUCGAGGUAUACAUCAGGAGGGCCUAUAUCGCCUACGAGGUGAACUGUCUACGGCAUUGUCAAAUGGACACGGACCUGUGUGUAGUUGAGUUCAAGUUUCUUCUGCCUAGAUCUCAUCCGAACAGAAGGGACAGUGAGGUAUUAUUCCCAGCGCCCGUGAGCCCGGGAUUUUCACUAGAUGACAGCACAGCCAGGAUGAUGGUGAUGCGGUUUGACAGUUCUGAAAAAGUGGCCGAGUUGGCCGAGUCUGAGUCCUCCGCACACAUUGACCAAUUAGAGGAGCUGCCCAUGUGUCAGAGAAUGGGCAUCAUAGCCUCAUUCUCAUCCUUUGAGGAUUUUGUCAAGAGCUUCGAGUCUCUCAUGGACCGAUUCACCAACGAACUUGAGUCUCCACCUGACAGUCCGAAACUUCUAGAUAGAGUUGUAUCUGUACAAGAGGAUACAAUAUCUAUACAGAGCGCUGUAUCGGAUGCUGAUGAACCCAUCCACAUCAUUAAUGUUGCCAUUAAGAUGGAAGCAAAGAUUGAGGAUAGCAAGUUAGCUGAAAUGUUCCAGACAUUUUGUAAAGAGCAGUCAUCUGUGAUGUACGAGAAAGGUAUUCGUAGGAUCACAUUCCUAGUCACAUAUAAGAGGCAUUUUCCAAAAUAUUUCACCUACAGAGCUAAAUUUGAGUUUGAUGAGGAUAGGAUCUAUCGUCACUUGGAGCCAGCUCUGGCUUUCCAGCUGGAAAUAAACCGACUCCGUAACUUUGACCUUGAGGCUAUUCCCACCGCCAAUUACAAAAUGCACCUCUACCUCGGAAAAGCCAAGGUUGCCAAAGGUCAAGAGGUCACCGACUACCGUUUCUUUGUUAGAUCAAUCAUCAGACACUCAGAUCUUGUCACUAAAGAAGCAUCAUUUGAGUACCUGCAGAAUGAGGCUGAAAGGACACUAUUAGAGGCCAUGGACUCCCUGGAGGUGGCUUUCUCCCACCCUCUGGCCAAAAGGACAGACUGCAACCAUAUCUUCCUCAACUUUGUACCCACCUUGACCUUGAACGAACCAGGAAAGCUGGAAGAGACGGUACGGAGUAUGGUGAUGAGGUACGGCAACAGACUCUGGAGUAUCCGUGUCCUCAGUGCUGAGCUCAAGUUCACCAUCAAACAUGGCCUGACCGGUGCUGUCGACCCUAUACGACUCUUCCUGACCAAUGAGAGUGGAUAUUACCUGGACAUGAGCCUAUACAAAGAGGCUACAGACGGCAGCUCAGGACAGGUGAUGUUUGAAGCGUAUGGACCAAAACAGGGUGCCCUCCACGGUCUGUUGAUCAGCACGCCCUAUGUCACCAAGGACCACUUACAACUUAAGCGCUUCCAGGCUCAGUCAAGUGGAACCACCUAUGUGUAUGACUUCCCGGAAAUGUUCAGACAGGUGACAUCAGCACUGUGGAAGGACCACGUCACUCGUUACAAGCUGGAGGAGAGUGACAUCCCCUCAGAAGUCUUUUCUAGUAAGGAGCUUGUGUUAGAUACUCAGGAUCGUCUCUGUGUCCAGAACAGACUGCCUGGUGAAAAUGAGAUUGGUAUGGUAGCCUGGCAGGUAACACUGAAAACACCAGAGUACCCCAAUGGACGAGACAUCAUCAUCAUUGCUAAUGACAUCACUCACAAGAUUGGUUCGUUUGGGCCCAAGGAAGACCUGCUUUUCAAGAGGUCAUCAGAGUUGGCAAGGACAAAGGGACUACCACGGAUCUACAUCUCUGCUAACAGUGGGGCAAGGAUAGGGCUUAGUGAGGAGCUAAAACACCUGUUCAGGGUGGCCUGGCAGGACAACAAGGACCCAGACAAGGGCUUUAAAUACCUCUAUCUGGCUCCCGAUGACUUCAAGAAGGUGAGCGCUGUGAAUGCUGUCCGGGCGGAACUGAUAGAGGAUGAGGGAGAAUCUCGCUACAAAAUCACAGACAUCAUCGGUAAGGACGAAGGCCUUGGAGUGGAGAAUCUGAGGGGGUCCGGAAUGAUUGCUGGGGAGACAUCCGCUGCCUAUGAGGAAAUACCAACUAUCAGUUUGGUAACCUGCAGGGCCAUUGGUAUAGGUGCCUACCUUGUGCGACUGGGACAGAGAACUAUACAAGUGGAGAACUCACACAUCAUCCUCACGGGAGCUGGUGCUCUCAACAAGGUGCUGGGUCGUGAGGUUUACACUAGUAACAACCAGCUAGGAGGAAUACAGAUCAUGCACAGUAAUGGUGUGUCUCAUGAGGUCGUGAAGGACGACUUCGAAGGCACAAAUAAAAUCCUGGAAUGGCUGUCAUAUGUACCCAAGCACCAUGGAGCACCCCUGCCUGUUCUGCAGAUCCUUGAUCCUGUGGAGCGGGAUAUUGACUUUGUACCGACUAAGACACCAUAUGACCCUCGCUGGAUGCUGAGUGGGCGGCCACACCCAGAAAAGAAGAAUGUUUGGCAGAGUGGCUUCUUUGACAAGGAUAGCUUCAAGGAGAUCCUCCAGCCUUGGGCCCAGACAGUGGUGGUGGGUCGGGCCCGACUAGGUGGUAUCCCAGUAGGGGUUAUCAGUGUCGAAACUAGGAGUGUAGAGGUCACCAUUCCGGCUGACCCUGCCAAUCUCGACUCAGAAUCAAAGGUAAUUCAGCAGGCUGGCCAGGUGUGGUUCCCAGACUCAGCCUAUAAGACAGCCCAGGCCAUUAAAGACUUUAACAGAGAAGAGCUCCCCCUGUUGGUGUUUGCUAACUGGAGAGGUUUCUCAGGGGGCAUGAAAGAUAUGUAUGACCAAGUCCUCAAGUUUGGUUCCUACAUUGUUGAUGCACUCAGGGAGUACAAUCGUCCCAUCUUUGUUUACAUCCCCCCGUAUGCGGAGCUGAGAGGUGGAGCUUGGGUAGUUGUCGACCCCACCAUCAACCCAGUCCAGAUGGAGAUGUUUGCUGACCAGCUCAGUCGCGGAGGUGUUCUGGAGCCUGAGGGGACUGUAGAAAUCAAAUUCAGGCGAAAGGACUUGAUCAAAUCAAUGCGACGCUUGGACCCAGGUUGUAAGAAACUUAUAGAAAAGUUGAAUUCACCAAACCUGAGCGCUGAGGAGAAGGCAGCAUUGGAGAAACAGUUAUCUCAACAUGAGGAGAAACUCGUACCAAUGUACCACCAGGUGGCGAUACAGUUCGCCGACCUCCAUGACACACCUGGUCGUAUGGAGGAGAAGAAUGUUAUCUCUGCCAUCAUCAAGUGGAAGGGAAGUCGAGAGUUUAUGUAUUGGAGACUGCGACGCCGUCUGCUGGAAGGUGAACUCAAACAGAAGAUGCGUUCCUUCACUUCUAACCUGAGUGAGGGACAACUCAACUCCAGCCUCAGUCGCUGGUUUGUAGAGGACCAAGGCACUGUCAAUGCCUACAUGUGGGAAGAUGACAAGUCGGUGGUAGGCUGGCUGGUAGAACAACUGGACGAGAACUCUGGCCAUAACGCCAUCACAGAAAACAUCCGCUGUCUUCAACGGGACCAUGUCAUCCAACAAGUCCGCAGCCUUAUCCAGGAUAACCCAGAGGUUGCCAUGGACUCCAUCAUACAUAUCUUACAGCACAUGUCAACUGAUCAACGAGCUGAAAUAUCACGAAUCCUUGCCAACAUGGAGACGUGAUGAAACUAUACAAAGAUUGUAAAAUCAUUAUGUGCAAUUCUUUGUAUAAACUGCCUUGUCAAAAGCUGGUGUAAAAUGUCUCUGUUAGAUGUGAUGGAUAAAAGUGGAGAUAUUUAUAAUGGCAUAAGUAAAGGACAGAUAAUAUCUUCUGUAAAAGGGAGGUAAUUCCUUUUGUAUGGAGACUUGUAUGGGGAGAUAAUGACAAACAUGUAAGGACAUAAAUUGUAUCGUAAAGGGGAGAUAACUAUCAAUAAAAGGGGUGAUAAUGAUAAUAGAUUGUAUCGUAAAGGGGAGAUAACUCAAUAAAAGGGGUGAUAAUGACGAUUAAUCUUGGACCAAUACUACUAUGGGACUAUGUGUUGGUACUCCGUCCAUCACUCCAUGUAUCAACUUGUUCAACACAUAUCUCAUUUACUUUUCAACUUAUAAAAUGAACCCACAUAUCAAGGAAUUGGCAGUUCUACCCAUUUCUUCAUAUGUGGGUACCUUUUAGGAUGACAAAUUUGGCAUUUGGGAAUAUAGCAUCUUGGCUGCAACUACAUAGAGAGUUAUGGCCCCUUUUUCAUCUUGCGUUGCAAGUAUGUACUGCCUCCUAGGAGAGCAGAGUGCUACAUACUGAAAUUGGGGCUUGUACCCAAUGCGUUUCCUACCUUAUUUCAUACAGAGUAACAGCCUUUUAUUGAGUUUUUACACUCGGUGAGAGGAGGGGAUAUUAUCUUUAGGGAAUAGCAUUACUCGAGGUCAAAGGGAACAGUGUCUUAAUAUUCGUACUGUCAAAAGUGACCAUGGCAUUAAUCCGAAUUAGGACUGUUAUAAGUCUUACAUUAUUUGUUGCCCUUAUGUAUAUCAUUAAUGUAUAUGUGGAGAAUUAGAUGUUUAAUAAGAGGCAUUGAUUUGUGUGUGUCUUGUCUGGUCCUAGUAUGGAAAUCAGAUUUAUCAUAACUUGGUAGUUACACAGUUACCUGUGAAUUAAUAUAAUUCAAUAUUUAAAGCAUUCCAUGUAAAAAUUAAAAAUCAUCAAAACAGAUUUCUAGGAAGUCAAAUGUGAAGGUCACAGAAUAUUUUCAACUAUUCAUGAGCAUGUACAGUGUACCUGUGUUUUGUUAUAUUUCUUUAAUAUUUUUUAGGUGACGUUUUAAUUGAAGGAAUUCAUUUGCAUGUGGAUUAUUACAUAUUUAUCAAAAAGUUUAUAUAUUUUUGUAUUUAAUUGGAAUUAAAUCAAUUGGAGUAAGUAAGGCUGUGAUUUAUUUUCGAUUGUUAAUUUAUUCAAAUUAUUUAUGAUUUUAUGUCAGUUGUCUUCUCUCAGAAAGUACCUAAUUGUUUAUCUUUAUUGUUUUGUAAAUAUCUUUAUCGACCUACAUAAAAUCAGUAGAGUUUUGCCCUUUUCCAUUAGAUAAGGUUAGGGAUGGUUGGGAUGGGGAUCACCCAUGUGUGUGAUUCAGGGAGAUAAACACAGGCCUCCUGGGACUUUUGGGGUUCAAAUAUAAAAAACCUUCUUAAUGAUCCUCAGAAUAUACGUCAUUGUCACCAACCUGCAGUUGUCAAUAUCUCGUCAACACCAUCUUUUCUAGGGUGAAAGGGUGUUUAAUACGGCCUGUAUAAGGCCUUAUCAUCAAUUAUAUGUUCUGUUUCAACAUUAUUUUGAUUACAGACUCAAAAUGUUUGUUUUUGAAAUUUUUCGUUUCUGAUCAGAUGUAAUGUCAUGUGACUCUACCACUCACAAUAGGAUUGUGAUCGUCACUUAGAACUGUGACAUCGUGAUUGUCGUGAUAUACUCUGACCACGUCACAUUAAAAUAAUGACUGGUCUUUGUCUAACAUUUCAUAUCCCAUCGAAAAUGACCUGGUGUUAAUCACCACAGUGUGAUGUAGACCGUUAAGUUUAUGUAACUUAUACCAGAGUGCUAGAUUCUAUUUAUCAAUUUUAGUUUAGAAUACAGGACAAUUUCCCUUUAUCUGGGGACUUUAAUGAAAGAUUUUUUCAUGUUUGAUUUAUUUUAUUUAUAGUGCUGCACAAUCAUUUGUUUAUAAACAAGUCGGAGGUGUUGUCCUGUGAAUGCAUUUGAAGUCAUAGAACGUACCAUGACAUUAUAAGCAUUCGUUUUACUUAUUGUUAUAAGUUCAGAUUAUAGUGAUCUUGUAUACACUUCUUCAUCAGGGCUUAUUUCGGGUAUAUCUGAACUUGUUUGACUUUUUUUUAGAUAUAUAUAUAUGUCAUUAUUUUUUUCAAUCAAAAGGAUUUUCCUUUGGGAUACACAUUUAUGUGCUAUAAUUUAUUAACACUAACAAAACUAAAAUAUAUAUUGUUGAUUUUUUCUUUGAAAGUAUUGUUAAAAGCAGUAUUCGUAAAUGAACAUUAUUAUCAUUACUGUGCAACUGUUCAUGUUAACUUGUAUACAUGUACAGGUAUAUAGUGACCUAAAUAGCCUCAUUCUAAUUCAAAAUGUCUCCCAUCUUCCCUAGUGCAUGCCUGUUAAUAUCUACUGGUAAGCUUAGAUUGGCACCAUACAUAUAUAAAUCAGUCUGAAGAAUCGUGCUAAAGACGUUUUGUCUAGUUUUUCUUUUUUAUGUUUUACUUCUACUGUAGGGAUCAUAUUUAACAAUUUUAUUUUAUAUAUGUAUAUAUCUUUUGGUCAAUUAUCAUUUAAAAGUAUAAAAAAGGAAUUAUGAAAAAAGUCAUAUUAUGACGUUUUCAUCCAAACCUGUUGACCUUAAAAGGUCUGGUAUCUGGACAUCACAAGAUAUAAACUCUGUUAUAUCUGGUCAUAGUGCCCAACAUCCUAAACAAUGAGAAGUGUAACACCAGACUAACUAUAUAGUCAAGUUUUGUGUUAUUUUAAUACAUUUUUUGUAACAGGUUUUUUCAUUGGUUGCUGCUUCAUGUUCAAUGACACUAGUCUUUACAACAACUGUUUUGAUUGGCUACAUAUUAAAGUUGGUUGUGAUGUAUGCAUCUAAUAUAAAUUCUUCAGAGCAGUUGUUAUACUCUUUAGACGAUAUAAAGUACGAUGCCCAGUGUCUGUUGAUGCUCGGUAUAUAAUAUAUAUCUAAUAUUUACUACUGGAAUUAGCAAAGUACCAGUCUUUGCACUGAUCCUUAUACCUGACUUUUUGCAAAAAUGUUCUGAUUUAUAAGAAAGUACACUUUAAUAAAAUUAUAACAAGUUAAAUGUAAAUUAACUUUUAAAGAGAUGAAAUAAGUAGUUUAUCAAAGCAUUAUAAGUCAGUAACUAAUUAUAAACAACGAAAAAAACAGUUCUGACAUGAACAUUGCUAUUUAUAUUGCGGUAGUCAUUAUACAUACGAAUCAAUAUACAUGUAUUUUAUAUCAUUUCCAUAAGUCUUAGUCAUUAGUACCGCCAUUUCAACUUUACAUUGUUUUUUCUGUUCAUUAUUUCAAUACAAGGUGCUAAAAUAAUAUGCUUUGUUUCUAGUUAUAAAAGCUCUAACGAACAAUUAGUUAAUUAGCAGUUUCUCUUACAAUGUAUUAGAUAUGAUCCAUGUGAUCAAAGUAAAUACAUGGCCGAGCCAGGUUAGAUACAGAACAACAUAUUCAAAUUUAGAAUCUUCUCAGAUUCACAUUUCUGGAUUAUGGCAGCAAUAUAUACAUGUUUUUAGUAUAAUAAGCUUCUAAAACUUCUAAAACAAUGUUACGAAAAAAAAUUCUGGAAUGUAUUUCUCUCGAGUCAGGAGAUUUUUUCUUUUGUGGCAGCUUUUUCUCCAGAUAACUACAUAGACAUCUUAGAUUGUCAGUUAAUCUCCAAUUAUAUUCAGAUAUGUUCAGGAACAUUUUCAACGAUGUAUCAUUCAAAAAGUUCUAUUGAGAUUAUUUAUGAAACUAUCACAGUAGGCACUGUAUUGUGUUUGGUGAUUGAGAUUUGAAGAUUUAACACCCUAGACAUAUGUCAACCUUUACAAGGUUAGAGUUUUAAUUGUCGAGAAAUGACACCGUCAAAACUGCCUACAUGACAAAUCACUAGUGGUCCUUUAUUAAGUAAUUGUAUGUAUCUAUGAACAUAGGAUUGCUUGUAUUUCUAUCCACCUUGCCAAGUAAUGUACCACUCGAUUCAAAAUGUCUUGCACUCGUUUUGUAUUAGAAGUGAUUUAGUUUCUGUUUCAGUUGUGAAAUAUCAAAGAUGAUAAAUGUUAAAUGUAGUUGUCUUGAAUGCGCAUUAAAUAAAUUUAUUUUUCUGGAA